AUGCCUCCUAUCCGAUCCAAAAGAAUACCACCCCCCAAAGAAUAUAAAAAGGCCAUCAAUGAAAUUGCUAUCUAUAUAGCUAGCAAACCCUCUCUUCUGCAGAAAAUCAGAGAUAAUAAUAUUGAUUCUCUUGUUUCUUCUAUUAAGAGAGAGUUCUGUAAUGUUGCCGAUGGAGUGAACGAUGGCAUUUUCAAUGAUAUUGCAGCUUUCCUCAACCACCCCAAACAAAUGAAGGAGCCGAAUUGCCAUGCAGAGCUAAGAGAAGCGAUGAAGCAGAGGAAGGAGGAGAAGGAAAGAAUUAAAAGAAUCAAAGCUUUAUUUGUUCAGGAGUGUAACCUCAAGGAGGACGAUGCAAGGAGAGACAAAUAUUUGGAAAAGUUUACGAUUGUGGAAGUAACCCGAUAUCAAACACCCUACCCUCCACCCAGUAAUUGGGUGUAUGAGUCCGAGCAAAUCCAUGACAUUUGGCAUGAUCACCUCCAGCUUGGUAAGCCGAAGGACAAAAGGCUAAAAGUACCACCGAUGCUACUUUUGGAACCACAAUAUCUACAACUAGAUGUUGCCGAAGACCAAAACUACAUUUUUGUCGAUUCCAACACCAAGGAAAUUGUUGGAUUGGUUGCUAGGAAUUGGAUGGCCGAGGGCAAGAAAGAAACUCUAGAUUGGGUCAAUGAGAUUAUUAUCAAGGAAUGUCAGGUCAGGAAAUCAGUCCGACUUGAAGAUACUGGCAAACUUUGUCAAAUGGGAUGUUCAGCUGGUUCCAGAAGCAAAGCCAGUUUCGAUUGGGUUAGAAAUAUCACCUCCAAGAAAAACCGAUUAGAAGACUUUGAACACUUGGGCAGCUAUAUUUUUGCUCUUCUUUGGAACAUGAGUAAGGGUAGAUUGCCGAAGCCGAUUAUUGAGGAUAUAACUGGGUUUUGCAAUUCUACCCUAAUUCCGAGAAUGAAUUAUGCUGCUAAAGACAGGGCUACUUCUCAAAUCUUGGGGAACUAUACUGUGAGGGUGGGAGCCGAUGAUAUUGAGUUUGACUGUGUUCCGAUGGCACCUCCUUCUGGAUUUAUGGCAUAUAAUUAUUCAAGGUAA